AUGUUUUGGCGGAAGCCGUUGGCCCUUCUUGGGUUCCUAGCUACCGUGAGUAGCACGGUAGCUGCCCCUACGGAGGUGGACCUCGAGUGGGAGAAUGAGGACGGCAUGUUCUUUCGAGCUGAUAGACGUUCGCCCGAUGCAAUCAAAGCCGCUGGUGCUUUCAAAACAUUCGCUCAAAGCAAGGGAACGAAGCCAAACUAUAGUCUGUGGGACCAUUGCAAGAUCAAGGAAGCAUCCGCUUCGUUUGGAAAUCUUCCAGAUGAUGGCUAUGUUGGCACGAGUGUGGACAUCAACUUCUGUUCGAAAUGGAUGGUGGAAAAGCUCGAGGACGGCAAAACUGAGAACAUCGAAUCUACCAUUUACAAGGUUGCGUCCGAUAAAAACCUCAUUAGUUGCCAGGAAACCCUCGGAAAACAUAAUCCAGAACCCGUCGAACAAGAAUACGCUGCUAUCGACGGCAUUCCUUGGAAGCAAGUCGUAGGCUGGUACAACACCUUCACUGUGCGUGGAGGAGGGAGCACGAAAACGGUCACAAACGCCAUGUACCAUGAAAACCCGGACUUUGAUUCAGCUACAUACAAAAACCUCCCCGACGGUACCCCCAGCGCCACCAACAACUAUAACUACAGACUUGCUGGAUUCCCCCUUAAGGACAAAAGAUGGAAGGAGAAACCUUUUGUAGACGCUAUGGAUCCUGUCUGCGGUCAGGCAGAAUCAUCGGGAGGGAAAGGCAAGAAGGGGAAGAAGAACGCUCGCCGCGAUGUCGAUGACAUUGAAGAUGACGAAGAUAUGGAGAUCUUGGCCCGAGACAGCGAAGACUCGAACCUGGUCGCUAGAGCCAGGGGUUCCAGGGGCGGAAGUAGGACCCGGAGGCCCAGGCCGAAGAGGCCUGCAAGAAAGCCCGCGAAGAAGCCCACGAAGAAGCCAACGAAGAAGCCAACGAAGAAGCCUACAAAAAAGCCAACGAAGAAGUGCACGGUAGCUAUGAAGAAGGCAGGAAAGUGCGGCACUACUUCGACCUGCUCGGCUGCAGCAAAGAAGAGGAAUGGUGGCAAAUGCCCCAUAAAGAACACUUGCACUGCCGCUCAGAAGAAGGCUAAUGGUGGCAAAUGCCCCAUAAAGAACACUUGCACUGCCGCUCAGAAGAAGGCUAAUGGCGGUAAAUGCCCAGUAAAGGCCACUUGCACUGCUGCCCAAAAGAAAGCCAAUGGUGGUAAAUGUCCGGUAAAGAACACAUGCACGGCAGCCGAGAAGAAGAAGAAUGGUGGCAAGUGUCCCCCGAAGUCGUGCCCCUUACCUAAGACCAACAACCAACUUGCGCAAGAGUAUAUCAAGUUGUGGAAGUCAGGAAAGCUUGGGAAGGGUAAGAAAGCUGGAUCUGGCUCUAGCACUGGGAAGAAGGGAAGGGGCGGCAGGGCCUGA